AUGAUUUUCCUGGUGGUUUAUCUCUCUGUGAUAACUUUCUGUUAUGGACUUUCAGUUGAAGAGACUUUGGAAAACAAAGUUCGCAAGAUGAGUGAACUUACCGCUGCCCAAUCAUAUAUCAACCUUAAUGUUGACCAGUUCACUCUUUUAUUGAGGUCACAGCCUAGAAACUAUUCAGUCAUACUUUUAUUGACGGCUUUAAGCUCUGGUAGAAAUUGUGUGCCUUGCAAACAAGCUUUUGAAGAGUUCCAAAUAGUUGCUACUUCAUGGAAAUAUUCCAAGCAACGAGAUAAUCGACUAUUUUUUGCAGUCGCAGACUUUGACAAUGCACCUGGAGUUUUUGAAUCAUUACAUCAAGAAACUGCUCCUGCUAUAAUUCAUGUUUCACCUAAAGGCAAUAUUAAGCCUGGUGACUACAUGGAUAUUAUGGUUCAUGGAUUUUCGGCUGAAGCAAUGGUUCGAUGGAUAGCCGGGUUAACGCAAAUUCAGAUUCGUGUCUUCCGUCCUCCAAGUUAUACCGGUACUAUGCUACUAGCACUUUUCAUGUCUCUCGGUGCUGCAGUCUUAUACUUCCGUCGAAUCAGUUUGGACUGUAUAUAUAAUCGAUCCUUAUGGAGUACUAUAUCAUUGGGUGUUAUUUUUUGUGCUAUUUCCGGACAAGUCUACAAUCAUAUUCGUGGACCACCACUUUUCCAUGCUCCACCACCAAAGGGUGAAAUUAAAGCUUUUAUCUACGGGGGUUCUGAUUACCAAUUUGUUGCAGAGACAUUCAUUGUCAUGGCACUGUAUAUGGGAUGUUCAGGUGGAAUUCUACUUAUGAGUGAAGUUGGUACAACUACUGAUCCUACAAAACAAAAAGUUUGUACAAUAUCUGGAAUCGCCCUGUUUAUGAUAUCGAUCAAUCUGAUCUUGUCAGUCUUUCGUAAGAAAUAUCCAAGCUAUCCAUAUGGGUUAUUUUUCAGAUGAAUUAAUUACGCCAUUGAUCUAGUAAAUAGUGGAUCAUGGAUGAUGGGAUAGUGUCUCUCUCAACGUUUGCGUGUGUGUGUGUGUCUAUGUGUGUGUGCGUGCAAGUCGUGUAUCGUGUGUUAUUUUUCUUUUCUUUGUUUUUGUUUCUUUGCGAAUAUGAAAGACAUUGUUUUUAUUAUCUUUAUUUUUAUUAUUAUUAUUGUUAUUACUAUGACUAUUUAGUUAAAGUUAUUUCUGUAUAGUGGGUAUCGUAAUAAUAGUAAUAAUAAUAAUAAUCUCUAG